AUGGAUUGUUUCUUGGGAAGAGAGCUUAUCUCUUUCUUCUGUCUCCCAGUGAGAAAAAUGUGGCUGAAGUUUCUUUUGGCUAUUCUUCUCUUUCAUGUAACAGCUGCAAAGGAACCUGAGCCGCAGUAUGUCCUGAUGGUGCCUGCUGUCCUCCAAACUGACUCUCCAGGUCAGGUUUGCCUGCAGUUCCUUAACCUCAAUGAGACAAUAUCCGUCAGAGUCAUCCUAGAACAUCGUACUGUUAACACCACUAUUUUUGAGAAAACCAUGACAGCAAGCGAUGGUCUACAGUGCUUCAACUUCACGAUUCCUCCUGCCAGUUCUGCCCCACUGGCUUUCAUUUCCUUCUCUGCCAGGGGUACCACAGUCAGCCUAGAAGAGCGGCGGUCAGUGAUGAUCUGGAACACAGAGAGCAUUGUCUUCGUGCAGACAGACAAACCCAUCUACAAACCAGGACAGAGUGUGAUGUUUCGUGUUGUUGCCCUGGAUUUCAAUUUUAAACCUGUUCAGGAAAUGUACCCCUUGAUUGCAAUUCAGGAUCCACGGGGCAACAGGAUCUUUCAGUGGCAAAACGUGACGUCAGAGAUGAACAUUAUCCAGAUUGAAUUCCCACUAACUGAAGAGCCUAUCCUGGGGAACUACAAAAUUAUCAUAGCAAAGAAGUCAGGAGAUAAAACAAAUCACUCAUUCCUUGUGGAGGAAUAUGUGUUGCCAAAAUUUGAUGUCACAGUCACUGCACCAGAAAGCCUUACAGUCCUGGAUUCAGAGUUCACAGUGAAAGUCUGUGGAGUGUACACCUAUGGCCAGCCUGUUGAAGGAAAAGUCCAGCUCAGCGUGUGCAGGGAUUUUGAUACAUAUGGGAGGUGCAAGAAAAGCCCAGUUUGUCAAUCAUUUACCAAAGAUCUGGAGACAGAGGGCUGCCUCUCCCACGUUUUCAGUUCCAACAUCUUUGAGCUCAAUCGCAUUGGUUACAUGAGGAAUCUUGAUGUGAAAGCCAUUGUCACAGAGAAAGGAACAGGCCUGCAACUUACAGCUACUCAGUCUAUUUCCAUAACUCGGGUCAUGAGCAGUAUACAGUUUGAGAACAUGGAUCGCCACUACAAAAGAGGAAUUCCUUACUUUGGACAGAUCAAGCUGGUAGACAAAGACAACUCUCCUAUUUCCAAUGAGGUUAUUCAGCUAUUUGUCAAUAACAAGAACACAGACAACUUCACCACUGAUGAUAAUGGCAUUGCAGAGUUUAGCAUUGACACGUCGGAAAUGUUUGAUCCUGAGAUCAGUCUGAAAGCAACUUAUAAACCCAGUGACCAGUGCCACUUGGAAGGUUGGAUAGAGCCUUCCUACCCUGAUGCGUCUCUCUCCAUCCAGCGCUUCUACUCCUGGACUAGCAGUUUUGUGAGGAUUGAGCCUUUGUGGCAAGAUCUGAGCUGUGGGCAGAAGAGGAUGAUCACUGUGCACUAUGUCUUGAACACAGAAGGAUACAAGAGCAUCAAGACCAUGAACUUCUACUAUGUGGGCAUGGCAAAAGGCAAGAUUGUCCUUACAGGGGAAAUUAAAGUUAAUAUCCAAGCUGACCAAAAUGGCACUUUCACCAUCCCACUUGUGGUCAAUGAGAAAAUGGCUCCAGCCCUGCGGUUGCUGGUAUAUACCUUACACCCUGCCAAGGAGCUGGUGGCAGACAGUGUCCAAUUUCCAGUUGAGAAGUGUUUCAAAAACAAGGUCCGGUUGCAAUUCUCUCAAAAGCAGAUGCGCUCAGCUGCCAAUGUCAGUUUAGUCAUUGAAGCUGCUGCCAACUCCUUCUGUGCUGUGAGGGCGGUGGAUCAGAGCGUGCUGCUCCUCAAGUCCGAGACGGAGCUGUCCGCAGAAACGAUAUACAGCCUGCAUCCCCUGCAAGACUUUCAGGGCUACAUCUUCAAUGGGCUCAAUCUAGAAGAUGACCCCCAAGACCCCUGUGUCUCAUCUGAAAACAUCUUUCACAAAGGCUUGUAUUACACACCUGUAAUGUCUGGAUUAGGCCCAGAUGUAUAUCAGUUCCUCAGGGACAUGGGCAUGAAAUUUUUUACUAACUCAAAGGUUCGGCAACCAGUUGUGUGUACUAGUGAGACUGUAAGACCUCCACCAUAUUUCUUGAACGCAGGAUUCAUGGCUUCUACACACCAUGUCAAAUCAUCAGCUGAAGUUGCUAGAGAGGAACGUGGGAAGAGACUUAUCCUUGAGACUAUUCGGGAAUUCUUCCCUGAAACUUGGAUUUGGGAUAUAGUCCUAAUUAACUCUACUGGAAAAGCCAGUAUUUCAUACACCAUCCCUGACACCAUCACCAACUGGAAGGCCAGUGCCUUCUGUGUGGAACAGUUGGUUGGAUUUGGUAUGUCUGUGCCUGCCACCCUGACAGCCUUCCAGCCUUUCUUUGUGGACUUGACCUUGCCAUACUCUAUCAUCCGAGGAGAAGAUUUCCUGCUUAAAGCCAAUGUCUUCAACUACCUUGGCCACUGCAUUAAGAUCAAUGUUUCACUGUCAGAUUCCCUUGAUUAUCAGGCCAAACUCAUCUCUCCAGGGGAUGAUGGAUGUGUAUGUGCCAAAGAAAGAAAGACCUAUGUCUGGAAUAUUUUCCCCAAAGAAAUUGGUAAUGUAGUAUUCAGCAUUACUGCAGAGACCAAGGAUGAUGAUGCUUGUGGAGACAAAGCACCCAGGAACAUCAGUAUUGACUACAGGGACACCCAGAUCAGAACACUUUCGGUUGAGCCCGAAGGCAUCAGAAGGGAAAAGACCCAAAACUCCCUAAUCUGCACAAAAGAUGAUGUGGUUAGUCGAGAUGUUGCUCUAGAUCUACCUACAAUUGUGGUGGAAGGAUCAGCCAGAGCUUCCUUUUCUGUUGUCGGAGACAUCAUGGGCACUGCCACGCAGAACCUGCACCAGCUCCUGCAGAUGCCGUUCGGCUGUGGAGAGCAGAACAUGGUCCUGUUUGCACCCAACAUCUACGUCCUGGACUAUCUGAACAAGACAGGGCAGCUGAGCGAGGAGGUCAAAUCCAAGGCCAUCGGAUACUUAGUGAGCGGCUACCAGAAGCAGCUGUCAUACAAACAUCCCGAUGGGUCCUACAGCAUCUUUGGCACCAGAGAUAAAGAAGGGAACACCUGGCUCACUGCCUUUGUGUACAAAUCAUUUGCACAAGCUAGUCACUUCAUCUAUAUUGAUGACAAUGUCCAGGCUCAAACCCUGAUGUGGCUGGCAAGCAAACAGAAUCCAGAUGGCUGUUUCCAAAGUGUUGGGACACUUUUCAACAAUGCCUUGAAGGGAGGAGUAGAUGACGAGCUGUCACUUUCUGCCUACAUCACCAUUGCCAUGCUAGAAGCUCGGCACUCCAGCUCGUAUCCUGUAGUCCGAAAUGCCUUUUUUUGUCUGGAGACUGCAUCUGAGAAGAAUAUCAGUGAUGUUUACACUCAGGCACUCAUGGCCUAUGCUUUCUGCUUAGCCGGCAAAGCAGAAAAAUGUGAAUCAUCCCUUAGAGAGUUACAGAAAUCAGCAAAGGACGUUGGUGGCUCACAGCACUGGGAGCAGGAGGAGAGGUCUCCAUCAGAAAAAUCUCCCUCCUUCCUUGACCAUGCCCCAUCAGCUGAAGUUGAGAUCACCAGUUACGUGCUGUUGGCAUUGCUCUAUAAACCCAACCGGAAUCAAGAGGAUCUCACAAAGGCCUCAGGGAUUGUGCAGUGGAUCAUCAGGCAGCAGAAUCCCUAUGGAGGUUUCUCUUCUACCCAGGACACAGUCAUUGCUCUUCAAGCCCUCGCUGCUUAUGGUGAGGCCACCUACAACUCUGUUACACAAAAUGUAGUCAAAAUCACUUCCAAAAAGCCUUUUGAGAAGGUAUUUAUUGUCAACAAUGUGAACAGGCUCCUGCUGCAACAGACUCCCCUUCCUGAGGUACCUGGGAAAUACAGCCUAACAGUGAAUGGCAGUGGGUGCGUACUUAUGCAAACAGCACUAAGAUACAACAUUCACCUUCCAGAGGGGGCCUUUGGAUUUUCGCUCUCAAUACAGACAUCAAAUGUUUCCUGCCCAUCAGAUCGACCAGCAAAAUUUGAUAUUGUCCUCAUAAGCAGUUACACAGGGAAGCGCAGCAGCUCCAACAUGGUCAUUAUUGAUGUGAGGAUGCUCUCUGGCUUUGUUCCUGUUAAGCCUUCCCUGGAUAAGCUCAUUGACAGUCAUAGAGUGAUGCAAGUAGAAAACAAGAAAAACCACGUUCUCCUUUAUUUGGAAAAUAUCUCACAGAAGAAGAGGAAAGAAAUCACUUUCUCAGUUGAGCAAGACUUUGUAGUGACCCAUCCCAAGCCAGCUCCUGUGCAGAUCUAUGAUUACUAUGAAACAGAAGAGUAUGCUGUUGGUCAGUAUACGUCACCUUGCAAAGAGGCUGUUGCAGAAAUGGACUAAUGAUUAGAAAAGGUAAGUGAAAGCCAGAAAAAAACCCAAGCAAGUAAGAAGGUGAAGUAUAAAGCAGCAUGAGCAGAGGGAUUGGCAGGGUGAGUAGAGCAAUAACUAUUCUCACAGAAAUGGAGUUUUUGGUCUCCAGCAGGCUUCUCAGGGAGCAGCCAGAGACACUGGCCAGACCUUGUCCCAUGACACAUGCUCAGUGGACUCCAAGUGGAGAUCACAUUGCUGUUCAUGGGAAGAGCUCAGCCUCUAGGAUGAAAGCCAACGUGCAGAAUAACGGCGAGACUGGGAAAUAACUUCAGAGUUUCCUCAAAAGCAUCAACACCUAUCAAGGAAUAAUCUACCUACAGCCACCCCUGAAAGCCUCCCCUCUGAAGCCUGUGCUUCACAGGCACAGGCAAGGGGCUUCACAUGGACUUACAGAAACCCUUUCCUGGACAGUUAAUACAUUAUCUGAGGAGAACACUUGAGGUGACAUGAAUCAUGGAGGCAGUGUGUUGAUUAGUCAGAGGUACAAUGCUGUCUUGCUGUAGGGGAGGUACAGGUCUGUGUCCUGCUCAGCACAGCAGAUAUGCUGGCUGUUAUCUGCUGAGCAGUUCCCGAGAGGUACAGGCACAGCUUUCUGCCAGCCCUUGGUCCAGCUUUUGUCUGUUUUGCACAGAAGGGGCUGACUACCCUGUAUGCUGAAACCAUAUUUUAUAUUCUGCAGCUGUUGGUUUGUUCUCACUGAGGUUAUUUUCUUUUGGAUUUUCCCCUGCAGGACCAUCAUAAAUGUUGAACAAGUGGUCAAGCACCCUAUUUUCUGCUGUCAUUAAGUCCUGGAAAGGGCCAUUUCACCUUACUAAUCACAGUGGGAGUCUGUGACAUCGUUUGAGCUAGUGUCUGAUUCUCUGUUUUCUUUCACGGCACAUCUCUCCAGAUCUGUAUCAUAAUCAUGUAUGCUUUUCCGUCAAUAAACCUCCCUUUUACACUGUGCAUUGGCUUUUUUUCUGUGUCACAGAACAGGCAUUUUAAUGACAGUCCGCAUGUUAUGGUUGCUGGCUGAGGGAGGAUGAAGAGAGAAACAUAUCUAUCUGUCCUGCCUGCAGCAUCCAGCCUCCUUUCCCAGCUACAGCUGAUAACCACUGGCAACUACUGUAAUAUGCAGCAUUACCAGUCCCUCCCACCUGCAGAGUGCAGGAGCCAUUGCCCAUGGCUGCUGAACAGCCCCCCACCUUUCCCCAGCCCUGCCAGGGUGCUGCCUCUGUCCCUGUGACAUAAAAGUAGGGUUUUAGGUAUGGACAUCAUGGAGUGACUCUGCAUCAUGCUUAGUAGAGGAGAGGGUGAAGAAAGGGGCAGGUUUCAGUCCAGGCCUGGUAAGUGUCUGGUCCCACAUCCCGGAUCUCCCCCUGCCAGGCCCUUCAGUCCACCAGACUGGCCAGAUUUUUCCAAAAGAGAUGACGAGCCUGGAUCACGAUGCCCUGUCCCAGCCACCGGCAAAAACCCUUCCUGUUUUCCUGUGCCUCUUGUCAUCCCCCACUUCAUUACACUUGGAGUCACGGUGGUUUCUGCAAACACAAACACUCCUGGGCUGCAGCGUGCUACAGUCGGUGGAUGGGUGGGAAGAGCGUGAUCCAGGCACUAAUGGACCCCCAAAGGGACAGGGAGGCAUGGAUGGAGGCAGGGAAGCAGAGCAGCAUCGAGAGGGCUGGAU